AAAUUUUCUAAUUGGCAUGCUAUUCUUUUUCUUUUUUUCUUUUUCUAAAGAGAGGAAUGCUCUCUAUCUGAUAUCCCUCAACUUGUUGGGGUAACUCUUGCCCUGCUGCGAGAAGAUUCAACCUGUCAACAAGUGGACUCCGAUUCUGUUAUGGAUGAAGGUGAUAUUGAUCAUGAUGAAGUGCUCAUGGAUGCAGUAUCAGAUAUUCUUCCUGCUUUGGCUAAGGCAAUGGGUUCUGAUUUUGAGCCUAUUUUGGCUAGUUUAUUUGAUCCCCUAAUGAGAUUUGCGAGAGUCCCAUGUCCUCCUCAAGACCGGACAAUGGUGGUUGCUUGUCUGGCUGAAGUUGCUCAGGGGAUGGGUGCUCCAAUUUCUGGUUAUGUGAAUAAAGUGAUGCCUUUGGUACUUAAGGAACUUUCAUCAUCAGAAGCAACAAAUAGGCGAAAUGCUGCAUUCUGCACUGGUGAGAUCUGCAAAAAUGGCGAAACAGCAACCCUUAAGUAUCCUUCUCAUUGAAGUUUUUGUAAUUUGUAGGGUUUGAGUUCUUUACUUGUUCUUAAUUCCAUUUGCUUGCUUUACUAGCCUAUUGCACCUGCUUUUCAUGCAAAUCAUCAUUACUUGUCAAUAUGUCUACUUUCAUCACAUUCAGAUAUUAUGCAUAGCUAGGGGAAACCUUAUCAUUUUAACAUGUAAGCUAUAGAGAUUAACAUAUUAUGUUUUGUGUCCCUUUGAAACUGUAUGUACUUUUACAAAUUAAUGACGCUUAAUUUGAUGACAAGGUUAUUCACUCCUUCGCUCGCUCAGAGAUAUGAAGAUCUUUAUUCUGAAACGGGCAUCAAAAUAUUAAAGGGGGCUCACAUUGACAAGCUAGCAGUGGGUUCUGAUGGAAGUGUUGAUGGAAGAGUUGCCACUAUUAUCCUCUCUUUUGAAAUUAUAUGAUACAUCUCUUUUGAAAUUAUAUGAUACAUCUCUUUUGAAAUUACUCAACAGAGAGAGAGAUUGAAUAAUCAUCGCAUAUGUAUAUGUUUUGUCUCUAAUAUUAUAUAUUAAGUAAUCAUUGUGUAUGUAUAAAUAAUAUUGGACAUUUA